UAACUGUUAUUCAUUAAUUUAUUGAUAGGAAGAGGUGUGUUUGCAUUGGAGCCCAUUCAUAAAGGUUCAUUCGUUUUGGAGUACAGAGGAGUUUUGAAGACGACUGAUAAGACUACAGCGUGGAAUGAGUAUACAUACGUCUUCAAACACAAAGGAACGGAACAUUGCAUUGAUGCUUCAAGUGAAGAUGGGACACUUGGCAGACUCGUGAAUGAUGCUGAAAAACCAAAUGCAAAAAUGAAAAAAAUAGAGGUGGAUGGUGUACCCAGUCUGUGUUUGUUUGCCAUUGUUGACAUUGAGGAAGGGCAAGAAAUAACCUAUGACUACGGAGGAGAAAACCUGCCAUGGCGUUCUUCCCAAAGGCAUCAAAUAUCCAAGCCUAUGGCUCCAAGUACAGUAGAGAAACCUGUUCUCCACACACCAGUCGUCUCUCCAUCUACAGGCGACAUACCAUUCCUUUCCUCCACUGUGCUCCCUGAAGAGAAUAAAAGUGACUUCAGUGAAGAGGAGCUAUCGGAUGAUGUAUCUGAUCCAGAAUACGUUCCAGGCUCAGAAAGUGACACAGAGGAUGAGGAACCAAUAAACAGCUUGGCAAACCCAACAUUACAGGUCGCUGAAGAAUCACUAAUGGAUACCUCUAUGAACUGUAAUGUCACAGAUGACACCCCUAACACUGGACAAUCUUGCACCAACACAGUACCUUCAACCAGUGUUGUAAAAGCAGGACAAAAUUUCUGCUUCAUUUGCAAGGAUUUUCAUUUCAAAAUAGCGCGGCAUUAUAAAACUCACAUAAAAGAGAAUUCUGAUGUUGCAUAUGCCCUUAGUCUCCCAGCAAGCUCAACAACUAGGAAGAAGCUUCUAGAGAAUCUUCGCAACAGGGGAAACUUUGAGUAUAACAGAGAUGUGCUGAAAAAAGGAAGUGGUCAGCUCAAAGUGAAGCGCAGAGCCAAGAAGGUUGAAUGCAAAAAAUAUGAAUAUUGUAUCCAUUGUAAGGGUAUGUUUUUGCGACCAGAACUAUGGAGACAUAUGAAAAGGUGCUCCUCCAAACCAGAGGAACAGGAUCAUCAAGGAAGAAAAAGAGUGCUCGGCCUAGCAUCUGCAAUCCAGUCAGCAUGUUCAAGCACAGUUGAUGAUGGGGUGCUUAAAAUGUUAAGCCAUAUGCAUGACGAUGUCAUUGCAAGUGUUAUUCGUAAUGACUUCUGCCUUCUUCGGUAUGCUGACACCCUUUUCGCAAAACAUGGACAUGACCCUUCAAAACAUGACUAUAUCCGCCAAAAAAUCCGUCAGCUGGGAAGAUUCCUGCAAACCAUUCGCAAAAGGUCUUUAAUCCUAACCUUAGAGGAUGCCAUAAAACCAGGUAAUUUCAUGGAAGUAAUUGAAGCAGUAAAAGAAACAGCAGGAUUUGAUAAAGAAAAGAACUGUUACAAAACUCCAAGCCUUGCACUUAAAAUUGGACACUCACUGUUGAAAGUGAGUGACAUCAUUCAUUGUCAUGCUCUUAUGGCUGGAGAUGACAACUUGAUUAAAUCCUCAAAGGCGUUUCAGAAGCUUUAUACUGCAAAGUGGUCGGAGUACAUAUCCCACUGUGCCUUAAGCACCAUUAGUGACCUGAAAUAUAACAAAACAGCCAAAUUACCGCUCACUGAUGAUGUAACGAAAUUUAACAAGCAUCUUGACAAAACUGUUGAAUCAGCAACUGCUGCAUUAAAGAAGGAGACAACAGUGCAGAACUACUCCAGCCUUGCAAAAGCCGCAUUGACCAAGAUUGUCCUUUUCAAUAGAAGACGUGUUGGGGAGGUCUCAAAGAUGAAACUGAGACACUUUCUGGAAAGAAACAAAGAAACAAACACCCUUGAUGAAUUGGGGCUGUCAGAGUGUGAAAAGAAACUCUGCAACUAUUUUGAGCGUGUUGAACUAAAAGGAAAAAGGGAUAGAAAGGUAGCAGUGCUGCUGACACCUAAGAUGGUAAAUGGACUCAACAUUAUGAUUGAGAAGAGGAAAGAAUGUGGUGUCCCAGACCAAAAUGAAUACUUGUUUGCUGUACCAAAUUGUCUGACUUACUACAGAGGACAUCAGUGUCUCAGACAGCUCGCAGAUGAGUGUGGUGCCAAGAGGCCAGAGUAUCUACGAUCAACUCAACUGCGCAAAGACAUAGCGACCACAUCACAAAUCCUGAACUUGAAGAGCAAUGAACUAGAUCAGCUUGCUGAUUUUAUGGGGCACGAUAUAUCAGUACAUAGACAGUUCUACCGUCUGUCAGAGCCUACCAUACAGAGUGCCAAAAUUUCCAAGUUGCUCCUUGCACUGGAAAAGGGAAAGAUGCAUGAGCUUAAAGGAAAAUCUCUUGACGAAAUUGAAGAUGUCACAGAUGAUGAUGAUGAGAGUGAGGAGGAACAAACAUUCACAACAAACAUUCACAACAAAGCAGAGGUAGAUUGUCCUCGUGAACUGAACGACAUGGACACUCCUGAUGCAGAUGGACUCCCUCCUGUACAUAAUGUACGCAAAGACAAGACACGAAGACCAUGGACCAAAGCAGAAGAAAAAGCUGUGCUGAGACAUUUCAAGUCUCACAUAAUUAAAGGUCAUUUAGCAUCAAAGAAGGAGUGUGUGGUUUGCAAAGAAUGUGAACAGCCAGCACUGAAAAAUAGAACAUGCCAAAACAUUAGAGACUUUGUGAGAAACAAGGGCUGA